GAACAAUGAAUAUUGCAUAGAGGUCCUCGAAGCAUAAUAGUAGGUCGAGUCGUGGACUACUGACUGCACAGCUUGCAACUGAAGUCUGCCAGCCACGACAUGCUUUGCGCUGCUACCUACCACGCAGAUGGGGAUGUCAAAAGAACAGUUUGUCUUCCGCGUUGUUGGACAACAAUCUGCCACAAGACAGGUAUGAUCGUGGUCUCCAGAGGGCUGUGCUCAGUCGCAGAGGUUACGCGGGUGAAGUUCGGUUUACCUACUAUAUCUUCAUGGAGUUGGACAGGGCUACAGCUGCAGUCAUAUGCUACCAGAGAGCCGCAAAACAGACAGAGACGCGUGUAGCCACUGGACAUGGGGUAUGCGGUCUUCCGCACCCAAAGAGUACGCUGCCGUGUGCAGUCAGCGGUUCUGAGCUAUGAAUGCGGCAUCACUGUUUGGUCUCUGCCAAACAGUGAAUGAGCAGAACCAUACUCAAAGCCUCAACCUGUUUCGACGUCCGUCGAUCGCUGUUACAACGAUCGUUUUGUUGGCUCCAACCAUCGAUGUGUUCCAAGGCGGCGAAAUAGGCGAGACGACGCUACACUAAAGCGAGGCGCGAGAAGGGCCGUGCACUCCUUACAAUUCGAAAUGGCGGACACCAAACCCACGAC